AUGACUAACAGUGACAAGGAUGCCAGAGCUGAUCUCUUUUUUGGCGACGGUUCUGACAGCUUAUCCAGAGGUAGUGACGGUGGAGUCUCGGGGCAGGGGAGAGAUCCAACCAAGUCUGCCUGUCGUGUUGUCUUUCUUGGCGCUGCCAAGGUCGGCAAAAGUAGCAUUAUUCACCGGUUUCUAAGGAGAAAUUUCGAAGAGAAGUACGUUCCCACCAUAGAUGAUGUCUACCCCGCAAAGUUUAUUGUGCGAAACUGUUUGGCACAAUUGGAGUUUAUGGACACCUCAGGGAGCUACGAUUUUCCGGCCAUGAUUCGACUUUGCAUCGCAAAGGCCGAUGCCUUUGUCAUUGUCUUCGCCAACGAUAGUAUUGAAUCCCUGCACACGGCAGGUCAUUACUUAGAUCAGAUAAAGUCGGAACGCGAGGAUUACGCUCCGCUGGUCAGUGAGACCCGUUUUCAGGACGGUUCAGUGAGUCCUACCAACUCCCUCUUUGUGGCCUCACCGCCGCCUCUGGUGGUUGUUUGCAAUAAAUCAGACAUUCCUGUCUCCAGUGCUGAAGUCAGUGAGGGUAUGAUUAUGGAAUGGCUGCUGAAGAGUGGACUCAAGCCCUCUCAGUUCGUCUACGCCAGUGCAAAAACGGAGGAAUACCUAGUUGAUAUCCUGAAGGCCCUUUGGUCUCAGAAUGAGGUCACCAGGGCUGUUUCCUUUCCACCCUGGGCUGAGCAACGGCGUGGUAGUUCAGCGAACGUCUUCAAUGAACUCGUCUGCGCUGGUAUACCUAACGCCAACGGCGGUUCUGGCGGUGGUGGUGGCGCUGGUGGUUACGGCGGCAGUGGUGGGAUGCGAAUGCCGAGCUCCGCACCCGUUGACCGCUUCCUGCAGCAUCAGCAGCAGCAACAGCAGCAGAAUAAUUCGCAGGGCCAACAACAAGGACAGAGCUCCAGUCCGACUUACGAACUCUCUGGCAAACGCUCCUCAUUCUUCCGAAACAGCCUGAAGUUGCGACGAAGAAACAGUUCAAGAACGAGAAAAGCAAAUUCUGAGAUUAUUCAUUUGGACUGUGUAAUUAGCUAG